UUAGCAAAGUUUUUAAUGGAAUUACAAUUUGUUAACAUUGGAUGUUCCUUUAAUUAAUUACAAUUUCUCUUUAUUGAUAACAUGAUUGACUAUCAAUAAAAAUUCUUUAAAAAUUUUGAAAAUGAACUUAGAGCUUUUAGAAUCUUUCGGUCAAAAUUACCCGGAGGAAUUUGAUGGAACCUUGGAUUGCAUUUCUCUUGCUGUAACUUGUACAUUCAAUAAAAGAGGAACUUUAUUAGCAGUUGGAUGCAAUGAUGGUCGAAUUGUUAUAUGGGAUUUUCUGACCAGAGGAAUUGCUAAAAUAAUUAGUGCUCAUGUUCAUCCUGUCUGUUCAUUGAGCUGGUCAAGAAAUGGACAUAAAUUACUUAGUGCUUCAACUGACAAUAAUGUUUGUAUUUGGGACGUUUUGUCUGGCGAAUGUGAUCAAAAAUAUCGAUUUCCAUCACCUAUUUUAAAAGUUCAAUUUCAUCCUAGAAACCAAAAUCAGUUUUUAGUAUGUCCGAUGAGACAUGCAGCGGUUAUGGUUGACAUUGAAGGAACUCAUCGAGUUAUUCCUCUAGAUGAAGAUAGCGAUUUAAAUAUUGUAGCAUCAUUUGAUAGACGAGGAUCUUAUGUAUAUACUGGUAAUGCUCGAGGUAGAAUUCUCGUACUUGAUUCUGAAACAUUAACAGUAAAAGCUUCUUACAAAAUAUCUCAAGGCACAGCUAGUAAUACAGCUGUUAAAAGUAUUGAAUUUGCUCGACGUGGCUCAUGCUUCCUCGUUAAUACUUCCGAUAGAGUUAUUCGUGUAUACGACAGUACAGAAAUCCUGGCUUGUGGUAAAGAUGGAGAACCAGAGCCUAUUCAAAAACUUCAAGAUUUAGUAAAUAAAACAAUGUGGAAAAAAUGUUGCUUUUCCGGAGAUGGUGAAUAUGUUUGUGCAGGGUCAGCCAGACAACAUGCAUUAUAUAUUUGGGAGAAAAGCAUUGGAAAUUUGGUGAAAAUUUUACACGGAACUAAAGGAGAACUUCUACUCGAUGUUGUGUGGCAUCCAGUUAGACCAAUAAUUGCAUCUAUAUCAUCAGGAGUAGUGUCAAUUUGGGCUCAGAAUCAAGUAGAAAAUUGGUCUGCAUUUGCUCCGGAUUUUAAAGAGCUUGAUGAAAACGUAGAAUAUGAAGAACGAGAGAGUGAAUUUGAUUUAAGUGAUGAAGAUAAAUCAGUUGUACAAGGAGAAGAGGCUCAGGAUGAAGAGAUUGAAGUAGAUGUUGCGGCAAUUGACAGAGUUGCUGCCUUUUGUAGUUCAGAUGAAGAAACUGAAGAUGUUGGAUCUCUACAAUUUUUACCGAUUUCACCAGAUGUUGAAGAACCCGAAGAUAAUCAAACUGCAGUACACGAGCCUCCUCCAAAAAAGCAUCGAUCUCAUGAUAUUCAUCUACAAGGAGCACCUGUCGAUGAAAUACAUCCACUGCUAAGCAAAAACAAAGACAAACCUGCAGCAAAAAAAGGAAGACCUCGACUCGAACACCGUAGAGGAAAAUAAAUGAAUUUAUAUUUUAUAAUAAAAUUUAAUCUUUUCAGUAAACAACAUGGAAGCACAUAAAAAUGGUGUAUUAUGAAAUAAUACUAAACUAUGUUAACUUCAGCUUCAUGUAAUACAGAUUCGUUAAUAAGUUUUGUAAUUACUAAAAUGAAAUUAUU